GUCAGAGCAGCAGCAGCAGGAGGGAGACGUGGCUCAGGAGAUUCAGUGUUUAAAGAAGAGGAAACUCCAGCAGCUGAUAUACAGCUGGAGGACAGAUCCACACCAACACACACUGUCCACCAAUGUUGGAUCACACGAUGAAAACAAAGGGAUAUAAAGAAGAAUAAGGCAGGAAACUGAAGGAAGAGUGGCUGAAUAAAGAAAACAGAACUGGAGCUUUGAGAAAACUUCACUGUAGAAACACAGACAUUUUUCAUUUCCCAGCUUCCAACAGGAUCUUAGUUCAGUCUCCUUCAUGACGACUGGAGAGACUGAGGAGACAUGUGGAGGACAAGAGAAGGCAGGAGGGAUGAUGGGAGGACGAGGAGGAGGAGGAGGGAACGCGACGCUUGCUCCGUCUUUCACCACCCUCAGCACUAUCGCCAUCCAGGCCGGACAAUCACAGAUUGUUGUCUCUGUCCUCAGGAGUGGGUUGCUGGUCCACCUCCAGCUGGUCCAGUUCCAUCCGGGUCUCUGUGAGAUCGGAUUGAACCAGGAGGAAAACCAGAGACUGAUCCAGGAGCAGCAGCAGCUGCUGGAGAAACUCAAGCAUCAUGAGAGCGAGGUGCUGGCGGUGGUGGAAAAUGGCCGACAGACAGAGCAGAGGAGGAAGAGGAGGGAAGAACGGAUGACGGAACAGAAGUGGAAGAAGAAAAAGGAGGAAGAAGAGGAAGUGUACAAGGCCAUGGGGGUGUCUCUGAGCGAGGGAUGGUCGCUGCUCCUCCGCCUGCUCCAGAGACGACAGGAAGUCCUGAUGUUGGCAUCAGACUUUUACCGCCGAGCUCUGGAGUUUGCGGUCAGUAUCGACAGGGUUGAGGAUCUCCAGAUCAGACCAGACGACAGACUGACUGAAGUUCAGCUCAGAUACGACUCCAUGAGGAGAGAUCUUCUGGGGAAAUCUCUGCAGGUUUUAAGCAGCAGCAACGUUCUGCUGCAGAACCUCAGACAGCUGCAGAGAACCGAGGCCCUCCAGAAGAGAGGGGGAGUACUGCAGGAUGAGGAGGGGGAGGAGGGGGAGAGUUCCCAGUGCAGCAGGGGGGCGGCGCUGAGGCUGGAGGAGCUGGUGGAGACGCUGCAGGAUCGCAGGAGGAGGGCGGACCAGGCCGUCAGGCUGCAGCUCCAACAGGCGGAGAAUGACAUCAUGGUCCACCAGCAAGAACCAGAGUCCAGACUCGGCUCUGAAGACUGGACUCUCACAGUUUACAAACUCCUGGCCCAAGACCUUCAGUCUGGAUCCAGAUCAGAUCUUGGUCCUGAGUCCAAGUCAGAUCUGAAGUCAGGAUCCAAUUUAGAUGUGAAGCUCAGACUGAGUUCACAGAAAACCAGAGACCUUCAGCCUGGAUCCAGAGAAGAUGUAAGGCCUGGAUCUGGAUCAGAGACCAGAAACUUAGAGUUAGGAGUAAGAUCAGAUCUAAAGCCUGAAUCCGGAUCGGAUCUGAAGCCUGGAAUCAAAUCAGAUGUGAAGCUUGGAUCUAGAUCACAUCGAACCAGAGAUGUGGACCCUGAAUUUAGGUCAGAAGAGACCAGAAACUCCAGAUCACAAUCCAGACCAGAUCUGAAGCUGGACUUCUUACUGGAGGGAAACAGAGACCUGCAGUCUGGAUUCAAAUCAGACGUUCCAUCUGGAUCCAGGUCAGAUCUGCUGCCUGGAUCUAGACCAGAGGAGACCAGUGACAUCCAGCCAGCAUCCAAACCGGAUGUAAAGUCUGAAUCCAGAUCAGAUCUGAAGCCUAGAUCUAGAUCAGUGGAAAUCAGAGACCUGCGGUCUGGAUUUAGAUUAAACUUGAAGGUGGGAUCCACAUCAGACCUGAAGUCAGAUUCCAAAUCAGAGGAGACCAGAGAUCUCCAGCCAGCAUCCAAACCAGAUGUAAAGCCUGAAUCUAAAUCUGAUCUGAAGCCUAGAUCUAGAUCGGAGGAAAACAAAGACCUGCAGCCAGAAUCCAGAUCAGAGAAGACUGUGGAGCUCCAGUUAGGAUCCAGAUCAGAUAUAAAGCGUGAACUCAGGUCAGAUCUGAAACCUAGAUCCAACUCAGAAAAGACCAGAAACCUGCAGCCUGGAUCUAGGGCAGACCUGGAGUCAGAUUCCACAUCAGAGGAGACCAGAUCCACAUUAGAUCUGAAGACUGGAUCCAGAUCAGAGGAGACCAGAAACCCAGGAGCCAAGAGUCAAAGUCCAGAAGACCACGCCCACCAAUCACUUCUGACCAAUCAGAAGCAAGAGCUGCUGUCGUCAUGUGAACACCUCAUGGACAAGGUGUGGAGCUGGGUGCAGCAGGGCAGCAGUGUGUUGUCUAACAGCUCUGAAGCAGGACGUCAGCUCCAUGAAGCCGAGGACACUCUGAACACACACCUGCAGCUGCAAACACAAGCUGAGUCUGCAGGUCACGAUGCACAGAACCUGAAGCAGAUCCUGGAUCAGAUCCAGGCUCAGACCAGCAGAACCGGUCCCCAGCGUCCCAGUGAGCCCAGCAGACAGCUGUCCCCCCUGAAGGCCCUGACAGAGCAGCUGAAGAGAGGCAGCUCGGGAAGAGACCAGACCAGAGCCGGCGCUGCUCGGCCCGGUCCACCUGCCGCUGGGUCACCGAGUCCUGAACUGGCAGGUCGAGUGGAUCUGGUCCUGAAGGAGCUGGAGAGUCUGAACAGGAAGAUCGACUCAAACCUGCAGCUGCUGAAACCCUACGUCACAUUCCUCCACACAGCACAGCAGGUGGAGGAAGAGAUGGAGGAACUAAGGGAGAUCUACAGGAGGAGACCAGAGGAGGAGGAGGAGAGGGAAGCUGGUCGUAGUAACAUAAGGACUACCAGCAGCUCCAGGUCACCACUAAAGAAGAAGCAGGUCCAGACAUGCUGGGAGGAAACGCUGCAGAGACUCGUCACUGCUCAGGAACUGGGAAACAACUACAUCCAUACUGUUACCUUGGUGUCAGGGGCGGGGUUAGACCUGCAGUCUGUGGUCUCGGUGGUCCAGCGGAUCAUGGAGAAACUCAACAGAACCAAACAGGAAGUGAACAAGCUGCGGGGUCUGCAUGAUGACCAGGUGCAGCAGCAUCAGCAGCUGGAGUCCUGCAGGAUGUUCAGACACCGACUGCUGAAGACCCUGCAGGACUUGAAGUCUGUUUCCGAGCUGCUGGACUCCUGUUCUCUGUUGGAUCUGGGUUCAGACCUGCAGACCUCCAAGCUGCUGGAGCACUUCAGCCAGGCCAGACCACAUUUCAUGCAACUGGACGCUGAGGUGGAUCACAUGAUGAAGAGCUGGGAGACUCUGAGAGGAGUCCAGGACCGACUGGAGGUGAAGGGAGGAGCAGUGACGGAGGAGGACCUGUCAGAGCUGCUGAACCUCCAGAAGAGAGUGAAGGACAAGAUCCAGCAGAGCGAGUCCAUCCUGGACGUGACCAGCAGCUUCCACCUCACAGUGAGACGGCUGGAGGCACUGCUGCACUCAGACCCUGCAGACCCUUCAACUGGUCCAACUGGUUCUGGUGGUUCUGCUGAGACCCAGUUGAACCGGCACAAAGAGGAGCAGCAGCAGAUCCAGAAUCUGUUUAAAACUGCCUCAGCACUGAAGACAGACAUCUGCACCGCCGUCACCCACAGUGGCUGGUCUGGUUUCAGGCUGCAGCAGCUCGACCAUCGUCUUCUCACUCUGGACUCUCUCUGUGUCUCGUGGCUGAAGGAAGCAGCUCGACGUGAGGAGAGACUCCGCAGAGAGCAGCUGACCCGCCUGCUCAACGAUGACAUCAACCAGCUUCGUGACUCCUUUAAGGAGCUGAAGAAGCGGUUCAACAACCUGAAGUUUAACUACCUGAAGAGAAACGACAGGACCAGGAACACGAAGGCCGUCAGGAACCAGCUGCAGCAGAUGAAGCUGUACGAGGAGAAGCUGCAGGUACUCAGGAAACGCCUGCAGGGAGUGACGGCCCGGCUGGGGUCAGAGGUCAAGGACGGGGGCGUGAUCCGGGAGGUGGAGGACGCCAUCAACGAGCUGCAGAGACAGAUGGGAGAGUUUGAGCGAAGCCUCUGCGAACACCAAAAAACACUGGACAUGACCAGCAGACUGCAGCAAGCCAUGGAGGAGUAUCAGUUCUGGUGUGAGGAGGCGAGUGCGACCAUCGCUCGCGUGGGGAAGUUUUCCUCGGAGUGUCGCAGCACUGAAGCCGUCUCCGUCCUCCACCGCCAGUUUGAGAAGUUUGUGUGGCCAACGGUUCCUCAGCAGGAGGAGAGGAUCAGUCAGAUCACUGAGCUGGCUGUCAGACUGCACGGAUCGGAGGAGGGGCGGCGGUACAUAGAGAAGACGGUCAGUAAACACUCAGAGAUGGUGGAGUCCAUCAGAGAGCUGAGUGACGGACUGAUGGAGCUGGAGGCCAAACUGAAGCUGGAGAGUCUCAAACAGCAGCCGAACGACAGAGAGAAAGAGAUGAAGGAAGAGGGAGAGAUGGAGCGGAGGAGAGAGAGUCAGACCGAAGAGAAGGAUGAAGAGAAAGAAAACAAGUUGAAGGAAAACAGAAAGAGGAAAAAGAAGGAGCAGACAGAUAACCGCAGCACACAGGAGGCCGCUGACAUGUAUGAGCUGAAAGAGACAGGCCACACCCCCGAACUGACCGAUGGGAAGGAGGUUCCCAUGAAGAGGCAGACUGCAGCCAAUAGAAAGCCUCCGUUACAGAAGAACCGCAGUCAGGAGGCUGACAGACAGACGGUCAUCUCAGAGAGCAGACAGCAGAGGUCCUCCUCCUCCUACUGCUCCACCCACACCUUCAGCCUCUCAUGCUCCCCAGUGGAGCCCAACCGACGGGUCCACACCAUCCAUAGCCAAUUACAGUCUGUCGACACUGAGCCCCUCACCACGCCCCCUCCUUCUGUGAUUGGCCCAUCAUUCUCUGAUGUCCAGAGAGAUUUUCAGAGUAAGGAGAUGCAAGAAACGGGGCAGCAGGAUGCAGGAGGCCUGUCGGAGGCGGAGCUCCAACAACAAGACGUGAUGACAGAGGACUCGUUGUCCAAUGAUGAAUAUGAGUGUGUGUCACCUGAUGACAUUUCCCUCCCGCCGCUGGCAGAGACACCAGAGUCCAGCAUGCUCCAAUCGGACAUGGAGGAGGGCUUUUGUUUCAGUUCCCACAGCCUUCAUGUCAGCCAGUACAGCCGACAGUCACACGUCCAGUCAGAGCACAGUGGGACUGGUACUGCUACUGGUGCAGUCCAACAACAGAGGGAGUCCAGUCAGACAGAGGGUGAUCCAUCUCCUCCCACCGGUCGUCACAGCAGCACCAGGUUCAGAUCAGAGUCCACUUUGUUUGUCCAGAGUCCGUUGGCAGCUCCAGCGCCGAGCCGCCUCACCAGCACUCUGUGCACUAUCCUGAGGACUGAAGAAACCAGCACAGCUAACUUCUCCCAGACUGUUGACAUCCCUAAACCAAGUUUUGUCUCUGGAUCUAACCCAGUCCGCAACAGCAACACUACAGACAGUUGUUACAUGGAAAAUGAAGUCCCUGACAGGAAGACCCCCUCAAAAACCGAGCCCUUAAAUGAUCACAACACUCAGUACAACCAGCCUCAGAGGAGAACAGGUACCCAGGGUAAGAGCUCUCCAAAUCUCACAUCCAAAAGUGAGACCUUGCCAAAGACUGAUCCCAUUACCCAGCCACCCUUUAAUGGUCCAGACCCUGAUCUCCCCAGGGACAAGACCCCUCAAGAAAAAACGAGGAUCUUCAAAUGCGGGACUACUCUUCCUCAAACCAGAAAUAUCAUUGGUCAAGACAAGAAUUUUACACAGUCCUUCCCUCACUCAGAAACUGGCCUCAAUCCAGACACAAAUUCUUCCCAAAUCAGAGAGGAAACAUCCCUAGUGUCCAAACCUCAAAGGGACAGUUUGACCAACACCAGUACAGUUACCCAGCAGCCCAUUUACAUCCAGUCCUCCACUUCAGACACUUGUUGCGCUUUGCCACAGUCCUGCAGCAGCCUCAGUUCACCCUACGAAAGCCCCUUAUCCCAGAGUAAGACCAUGCCAUCGAUCAAUCCGGUCCCCCAGGCCAGAGGGUUUACUCAGAGCCAUGGUUUCACAGAUUCUGCUCUCCACAAAGAUAGCAACCUUCCACAAGACAUUUACCCAGAUUCGAGGAGUGGCCUUGAUCUGGAUGUACCAUCCCCGCAAACCAGCAAGGAAUCAUCUUCAUUGAACAUGCCCCAAAACAGCAACCUUACCACAACCACUUCUGUCAGCCAGCAGUCUGUUUACUGCCAGUCCUCCCCUUCAGACAGUCGUUGCAAUGUGUCACAGGCUAGAAACACUUUCAGGUCAAAACAAGAAAGCCCCUUCACUCAGGCUAGUGGUGAUGUACCCAAUCUUCCGGAACCAAACAGCGUUGACAACAUCAGUAUGUCCAGCAGUUCCAUCACCAGCAGUAAUAGAUUCAGCAGCAAGCAGAGCCAUCAGACAGUCUACUCCCUCCAUGAGUCCUUGACCUCCACCUGUACCAAGCAGUGUGUGCAUGACCCUGGCAUGACCCCCAGCAGCUCCGCCAAGCCCGCUGCUCCUCCUCCGUCUGAAGCACAGACCCAAGCUUUGGCUCAGCAGGCUAACCCGCAUGUCACACCCCCUUCCUCUCUACCUCAUCUACUAACUUCAGACCAAGACCCAGACAUUUGUCAGCCCAUGGCCAUCCGUGAGGAGAUCAGACUUACCCCUCAGAUCCAAGGGCCUCCCCUUCCUGUUCCUCCUCUUCCCCAGGCCCAGGCAGAGUCUCUUCCCCAGGGAAAAGCCUCUAAACUUGGUCCUCCCUGCUUCACCAGGCCCCUGUCUAGAGCUACCGUCAUGGGGGGCUCUCCAGUGAUGCUAGAGGUGGAGUUGACGGGACACCCAGAGCACACACUCACCUGGUUUAAAGAUGGAGACAUGUCAGCCACCAAUCCGGGCCCGGCAGCGGUCAGGGAGGACAGGAAACACUUCCUGUUUAACACAAAGACGCCCAGCUCAGACGGCGGGAUAAACCAGGCGCGUGUUGCGAACCAUCACGACUCGCAGCAGACGGCUAGUAACAGCAGCAGCAGUGAUAAGUGCCUGGUGGCCGAAGUGUUUGACAUCAUCAGUACGGACUGGCAGACCUGGUUUGGUACCCUGUGUGUUCUCCUGUGGCUGCUCUACCUGAUUCUACUCUAAUAACUCUUUCCCACCACAGGAACUGAAUGACCUUUGACCUGGAGCUCCACAACCUGGACUUUUAAGAACCUUGUGGUUCAGCUGUGUGUUUUGUGUUUUCCAAAAUAACUCCAUGAAUAGGUUAUUCUUCAUCCAAAGUGCCGCAAAGAGAAAAAAAGCAAAUCUCUCAAGGUCCAAAUUUUGACUUUCUAAAUUUUGAUAAUUUUUUAAGAAAAGCCAAAAUUAUGACUCUGUAAAGUCAGAAAAAAAAUGAGAUAAGAAAUAAAAACUUAGAUGUAGAGAAUCAAUAUUAGUGUAAUUUUGAUUCUCUAAAUCUAAAUUCUUUUUUGACUCGUCUAAAAUUUUGACUUGCUGGGUAAGUACUAAAUAAUUAAAUAACUAAUAUUAUCAGAUAUUAAGUGAGUCAAAGUUUUAACUUUUUCGUUUUCUGUUGUUGGUAGAAAUAAGCUUCCAUAUUACUCAGAAGAAGAAGUUAUUAUCUCCUCAGAUAUGGAUCUUGUGUUGUUACAGAGAGGUUUGGGUCAUUUAUCUUUUAUCACAUUAAUGCUGUCUACACACUGUAUAUGAAUACAGAAGAUGAGUCAUAACAAUAACACUGAUAGUAGAAGAUGUUAAUAAAGAUAUAAAAUGA